UCAGUGAAAAGGCAGACAGAUAGAUAGACAGUAAACUGGCUGAAACUAGGAGCCUGUGGGGCUGUUUAUCCACACUUUGGAAGAGAUAUCUUCCACUCUGUUGUUUCGUGUCUGAAAACAAAGUGUCGGUGUGACUUUUCAGGCGGGACCAGAGCCGCUUUGACUUCCACCGGAAUUCCACCGAAUUCAACUUCUACCAAGUUUACUUUUCUGAAGACUCUGCAGGCUGGAGCUUGAAGGUGACUUCCUGUAGACAGAGGAGGGGAAUCCUUUGUGAAGAGCAGGAGAAAGUUGCCGGUUCACACACUUUCAUCAUACUGGAAGCUGCGGGGUAAUAAAAUGGCGAGAAGAUCCCACAUUCCCUUGUUGCUUCUUGCAAUAUGUUGCCUUGCAGCUGCAGGGCCUUUGUUUCGGAGCCCCUGUGAGCUGCUGCCGGUGGGGACGGGACACCCGGUGCAGGCCAUCCUGAAGAGCUUCACCGCCUUGUCGGGAUGCGCCAGCAGAGGCACCAGCAGCCUGCCCCAGGAAGUCCACAUCAUCAACCUGAGAGGACACGCUCCACCUGGCCCAGACAACACUCCAGCCAAGGUUGAUCUCCAUCUGAAGCCCAUCCAGUCCAUGCUGCACCACCAGAAGCCGCUGGUCUUUGUGCACUCCCCUCAACCGCUGAUCUGGAAUGUCACGGCAGAGAACCUGGCACUGCACAUCAAACAUAUCUUUCAUGUAUCUGAGGGCUCCGAGGUCUCUGAGCCGGGAAACUUCUCUCUCUUCACCCAAACCCAGGAGACCCUUCCCCAUGGCAACGAGCACCUCCUCAACUGGGCCCAGAAGAAGUACAGGGCAGUCACCUCUUUCUCUGAACUCAGGAUGACUCAAGCAAUCUACAUCAAAGUUGGAGAAGACCCAGUGUUUUCUGACACCUGCAAGAUCGAUACCAGGUUCCUGUCUUUGAACUACCUGGGCAGCUAUGAGGAGCCACAGACCUCAAAGGGUUGCGUCCUGUCUGUGCCUACCAAAGACCGAGAAGUCCACAUCAUUGAGCUCCAAGCCCCCAACUCCAGCAGUGCUCUCCAGGUGGAUGUCAAAGUAGAUCUGAGGCCUCUGAAGGACGAUGCCGCGGUGUUUCGUGACGUCGUCUUGCUCCUCAAAUGUGCCAAGUCCGUCAACUGGGUCAUCAAAGUCCACAAUGUGAUCGGAAAGCUGGAUGUUGUGGCUUCUGAUACUGUGAGUGUGACCUCACAGAUGACAGUGUCAAAAUCCCCCAAACAGCACCUACCAUCCGGGCCACAAGCCUUGAUCAAGUGGGCACAGGAGCAUAACUACAGUCCAGUUACAUCCUACACCAGUACUCCUGUGGCCAACCACUUCAACAUCCGUCUCAGAGAGCCAGAUGUGGUAGAUCCUCUGGAGAGCAAACUGCCUCCUGAGCUCUCCAUCUUUCGCAAUUCUGGUCCUCAUCCUGGCGCUGGAACUGCUAUGCGACGUUCCGGUCUUCCCUUUCCAUUCCCUCCAUCUUUGGCCGACGACCUGCCCUACCUGUCGCUGCCCCCCGGCUUUGAUGAGCAGCCCUGGGGUAAUGGAGAACCUGAGGAGCAGCAGGGCGUUCUGAGUGUCGGCCUCAGUCUGCAGUGUGAGAACAACAGGAUGGUGAUCAGCAUCGACAAAGAGAGUCUGCACGCAAACGGGAUCACUCAUGCCAACCUCACGCUGCAAGACCCAAAAUGCAAAGCAACAGUCAAUGCCACCCACUACACACUGGAAACUCCUCUGACUGGCUGUCAGACCGCCGUUUAUCCUCUGCCAGAUAGUCCAAUGGCUCUCCACAUUAACUCUGUCGUGAUCAGUCAUGCCGAGACUAAGGACGGGAGUGGCGGGCCGCUGGAUUAUGCGGAUCUGGAAUCUGCAGACGCGUUUAUCAGAAGGGACCUGGUGGAUGUAGAGAGAAUAUUUGCAGAACAAAGACAGCAGCCAUCCAUCAUAAGGUUCAAUUGCACAUACAGAAAGAACCAAGAACCCCCAGACUCUCUUCCCAAGUUUGUGCCGGGACCAUCCAGGCAGCCGCUCAACAACAUUACGUUUACCAUGGAGCUGGACUACACCCCACUGUUCAUGAAUCCUUCACGCCAGCCCGUCUUUACCGUUUCACGAAAUCAGCAAGUGUUUGUGAAGGUCACUUCUACUGCAUCAGAUCCAGAGCUGGGGUUCACCAUCUUAUCAUGCUUCAUUUCUCCCAACUCCAGCCCCACCAUUUCAUCAGACUACAAGCUUAUCCACACAGUUUGCCCCACAGAUGACUCCGUCAGAUACUAUCCUCAGAGGGACUUCCCUGUCCCUCACGCAAAGAUGGAUACGAAAAGUUUCAGCUUCACCUUCAGCUCAAAGCUCAACAUACCCUUGGUCUUCCUGCACUGCGAGAUGUCUCUGUGCUCAAAGAGACCUCAGGGGAAUCGACGUCUUCCAUCGUGCUUAAAACCUGAUGCGGCAUGUGAUUCUCUCUCUGUGGACAAUAUCAUGGCGAUGGCAUCAAACAAGAAGACCUCUACUGAACCGCUGGCAGUGGUGGAUGGUCCACCAUACCCGACUGGUUAUCCUAAACCAGAUCCAGUAACCCCAGUGGUUCCUCCAAAUGACAGAAUUCUGUACAUGCUGGACACUCCAACGGUGGUGGGGAUCGCUUUCGCAGCCUUUGUGAUCGGGGCUCUGUUGACCGGAGCCCUGUGGUUUAUCUACUCUCACACAGGUGUGACAGCUGGCACACAGCCGGUCCAGAAGUCCCAGCCGGCCUCAGAGAACAGCAGUGCAGCCCACAGUAUCGGCAGCACGCAAAGCACGCCGUGCUCCAGCAGCAGCACGGCGUAGCCAAGCACGCCACCCAGCAGGCCACACGGUCCUGCAGCAGUACAGGAAGGGCUCGACGGUUCCCAAAGAUCGAUUGGUUGAUCUCCUUCCAUUAAAGGAAGUAUUCUGUUAGAAGGAAAAAAAGUCUGAUUUAUGAAAACACCCUCAGUCCCUGUGUAAAACUGGUUCCACGUCAAGUGUGCGCAGACUGAGCUGUUCUAGUGUUAUUUGUGUGUAAUAACUCUGAGUCUCAGCUCGGCACCCUUGUUUUGUUUAAAGAGAAACACACGAGGCAAAUGUGAGUUUAUUCCAGGCAUUUUUUUAAAAAAAAAUCCAAAUGCAGCUUUUUUUUUUCUGACCACACCACAGCCUUUUGUUUUGACCCUAAAUGGUUUGAUUGAGGCUGUUUGUAAGAAGCAGGUGGACUUCAAGAGGGAGCAACAAGGCUUCAGUGAUGUCAGUAUUAGUUAAGUGUGACGUUGAUGGCUGGACCGUUACUUUUUAACAUGCAAACCCUGAACGUGGCAAGGGAGCAAAGCAACCACUAUUACCAUGCAGGAAAAUGUGCAGUAAGUCAUUAUCUUGACGCAGAGAUUAUGGUUUUUAAAAGACAGUGUAGGUAUUGAAUGUAUACAGAAGAGUAAAUGCCAAAAAAUGUGAACGAUAAAUGUGAAAGACAUGCUGAUAAAAUUCCACAUUUUAUAAUCAUUUCCUUUAUAAUGAGUUCAUACACGUAGGUUUUAAAGUAUAUAGAUAUAGCAACGUGUUUGAGUAGAUCUUCACAGGGGCAUUAUGGUUCCCUUUUACCAGCUGUUGUUAAAGGAAGAGUUCAGCAUUUGGGGAAAUAUGCUUUUUUUUGCUUAUCAUCCAAAGGUUAAAUGAGAAGAUCUGAUACCUCAUGUCUAUUAGUUAAUGAACUUUAGAUGUGACUGUAUAAAAUGAUAGAUUUGGUGACUGACAUUACCCGAACUGUUUUGAAGCUUCUAGUUUAGCCAACCAGCUUGUUUUUUUUUUUUUUUAACAUGGUCAGGACAAGUGACAGAUGAAUCUGACUGACAAUUCGAAGACAUGCCCAUAAUGUAGGGACUUGUCAAUGAGAAGGCAGCAAUCCCUGCUUUACCUUAAAUGUUCUUCUAAAUGAGACCAUAAUUUAUUAAAUAAUGAUCAAGCUUUUUUGAGGGACACUUUAAACUAGUGAUUGAGACCAUUCACUCACUAGUAAAAUGUUUACUGAGGUAAAAGAUCAAUUAAGAAGUAGAGUCAUUUCUCUUAAAUUUCAAUACGGUCAGCUUCUGUUUGCAAUCAGAGAAGUCGCCUCCUGCUGGCUGUUAGAAUAAAAUGCGGGUUUAAGGAGCUUGGAGCAUUUACUACAUAUCUCAAAGCCGGAGGUUCCAUCCAUCUUUUAUCUACAGUCUGUGAGCCGGAGGUAAUUAGUCUAGCUUAGCAUGAAAAUUAGAAACUCUGUCCGAAGAUCAAAAAUACACCUUCCAACGUCAGCUUUUGGAUACAGCCGUGCUAGGUCUUUCACAUGCUGUUUGUUCAUGCUAAGCUAGGCUCACUACAUACCUCUUGUCCCUGUCCAAAGCUCAAACACUUUUUAAAAUAUGAGCAUGUUAUAUUAAAGCGGCAAACUCUGGGACUGAAAAAUCAAGUAAUCGUGGAAGUACUUAAAAAAAAAAAAAGGGAGUUUUGUGCCUCUGAACAUCUCGAGGCAAAGUUAUGCAAAGCUAGGCUAAUCACCUCCCAUCUCCAGCACCUUGUAUAGACAUGAGAGUGGCACUGAUCUUCUCAGCUAACCUUAGGACAGAAAGUGAACAAAAGCAUUUCUCACAUAGAUUAGAGUGAUUAUGUUAAUUUUGUCAUUUUCUUAUGUCAGAUUAGCAUUUCUUUUUUGCCGACAAGAUAGUAAGCAUUUCUCAUGAUGCUGAAUUAUUCUUUCAAGAAUUGUAUAAUUUUGUGAAUAUUGUAAAUACUCAAAGCUAUUACGAGGCAGCGUGCAUGUUAAUUCUGUUCUUCUUUUGGAGUUGACAAAAAUAACAAUUUGAGGUCCAUUAAUGCCUUUCUCUCAUUUUAACAGUAGCAAAUUAUGAAUCAGUGUUAAAUGACAGAAUUAAGUUGAGGUAUGAUUAAACUGCUAAUCAAGGCUUAGCAUAGUUGAUGUAGUUUGGAUCCUGCUGUCUAUCCCUUUAGACAGUUUUUACUGUUAAAUUAUCUGUUUUUAAGGGAUGCAUCAUUUAGUUACGAAAUAUUCCCAUUUGACCAACCACAAUCCCCAAAAAAUAUGCUUUAAAAAAAUGAAAACAAGCAAAUUCCCACAUUUGCAAAUCUACAAAAUAUAGAUUUGGCAUUUCCUCAUGAUAAAAGGAUGAUUAGUUUUCUGUCUGCUGGCUAGCUGAUUAUUCAGCUGACUGUUCUCUUAUCGGACAGAACACAACAUGCAGUGUUUGGAUUUCCGUAUCCCACUUGUUUUUCUAUAAAUCUUGGCACUGACAGUGUGUUGAAUAAGCUGUAGCUGAAGCUCAUUGUUUUAUAUUUUUUAUAUUUUCUUCCAACUGCAACACCACAACUACCCCACCGUCUCAGAAGAAUAUGAAUGUUUGCUGUAUGUGUGUUCGUCAGACUGUGUUUCCUUUGAAUCCCUGUAAUGAUUCAGCUGUGUCUCCUGUAGAAAAAAACAAACAGAAUGUAUAUUAUCUCAAAGCUUUUGAUUUUCUUUUUCUUUUAUGUAAACAUGUGUAAAGCUUUCUACAGAGAAUAUAAAUAUAUAUAUAUUUGUGUAUAAAAUUAUAUUUUGGAAUAUAUUUACCAAGAGAAAUUUAUUGUCCUGUACGUGUGUGUAAGUACUGUGAUUGUGGAUGUGCUUAUGUUUAUGGGAGGGUUUAUUCAGAAUAUUCAUAAAAGCCACACGCCAUGUUUUGACACUUUAAUUCAAAAUAAGUACAAUUAAAAGUGGUAUUUAUUAUACAAAAUGACAACAAAAAAUCGAAUUUACGUGAAAUAAUGUUAAAAAUAUAUCAUGUUUAUUUCUUUUAAAACGUCUCUACCUUUUUUUUUUUUUUUUUUUUUGCAACAAAUUAAAGUCUCCUAAAACAUGCAGUGAGUUAUUAAUUAAUAUUAUACAGCAUAUUCAUGCUUGGUAAAACAAGGUAUCUUUACAUGGAUUACAACUCCUGACGUGUCCUUCAUAAUAUAUUAGAUUUUGUCAUCUAAUAUUUGGUUAGAAUUUGGAUUUCCUCAUUCAGUUAUUAUUGAAGAGGGUGCAGAGGCAUCACUGUUUUGUAGAAAUAAUGUGUUUACUCUGCAGUGUUUUCAUGUGAAGUAAAAAGAAAACAGACAUUAUAUAGCCCUUCAGCAUUACUAGAUCUUCAGUGAAAAUUCAUAUAAUUGAAAAUUAGCUGUAGCUUUGCAUAUUAAACAAUAUAAUUUUAAACAAUAAAUUAUUAUUGGAGUUCUUCUCAGUUGGCCUGCAGUGGACCAAAGAAAAUCUACCUAAAAAUCAAACGUACUCAUUACCUAAUCUGUAAAUGAGCUAAAUUGGCUGCAAUGCUAGCUUUGCUGAAUUCCAAAUCAACAUUAAAAAAAAAACGAGUAUUGGCAGCACAAUAAAUCAUUUGAACCUGGUUAUUUAAUAUUGGAAUUAUAACAACAGACUCAGAGCAGACCAGUGUGUACCUGCCCAGAUUCAUAUGAUUUCUGAAAGUAGAAUUUUAUUAACCAGUGAUUCCAGCACAACGACUAUUGAGACAUAAAAUGCACACAAGAUAACCUACAAUUUUUACAUGGUAAGUCAGGUUGGCAGGGUUCAGAACUGUGAAAAAAUAGGCCUGCUCACAGGACAAUGUUCCUCUCACCACCAAAAAUAAUGGAUUAAUCCAGGAAGGGCAUCGAUGUAGUAGUUUUCUAAUUAUUUUAACAACAAUUUGUUGACUGUCGACCAAUGAGAAUUCGGAUGAGAGCAUAUUGACCGACCAAUCUGACUGGAGACUGCAGCCCCACAGUGUCCCGCAAUAAAACCCAGAUCUGUAACUUGUUUUGCUUCUCCAGUUGUCACAACAAUGACAUGCAUCCUCCUAAAAUAAUGAAAACUAUUAAAUCAACCCUGGUAGUGCUUAAAACCAAAUUUUGGACCCAGAAAUUGGACUAUAUAAUAAGUUUGUAUGUUUAAGUGCAUUGGAGGAAAUCCAUCUAUUUUGAUUCUGGAAACUUGACUGUUUUCUGUAAAACUUGAGAACUUAAAUUUUAUUGAGUUGAAUUAGAACCACUCGCAUUCGGAGCAACAUUCAGAGCGUGUUUAUUUUAUCAGGCUUCGUGCCAGAUGGUUGUCAAAAGCUGAAACCUUUUUUGGUGAAACUGAGUUACGCAGUAGACCUUUAUGCACAGCGGCAUAAUUGUGAACAACAGUAUCUCACUGUACAGUACAUUGAAAGAUCUGUGUGUUGCAGAGUAGAAAUGCACCACAACCUAUAAUCAGUGGUCAUAGUGGGAUUAAGGCUUUCUGGCAUUCCUGUACUUUUGAGGUUUCUCUUAUCGGCUGUGGCAAAUCCAUCUCCCACAUGUAAUUACCUCUCAUGCCGUUAUGUCAUGCUGUUAAGUGGCUGAGCCUCGAGUUAUGUUCUGGAUCUAAUCUUCUCAUUUGAGAUAAUUUGGGGAUUUUCUUUCAUUCAAACUAACAAUUCGAUACAAUUCAUGAGAGUCUCUGUUCAAAUAUCAACAUUCCCCUCUGCCUUUUGCCCCGGGGCAUGCUGGGAAAGGGUCCGCCACUUACAACCCCCCCCCCCCAUGAAUAGAUAUAAUGUUAGCAAUAUGAAAUGAUGAUGCUGUAUCACAGAAAAAAUAUAUUUAGAUAAUGAUUGUAUUUUUAACCAUUUGACUACCUCAUGUUUGCUAUGAAUGUGUUAUUUGUGUGUAUGCGAGUGUUUUCUGUUAUAGAUCAUACUACAGUUUUAUUAUUUAGGAGCCCCGUUGUGUUUUGCAGUUAAACUUUUACUUUUUCAAUCUUCAAGCAAACAAUGAAGAGUUCAAGCUUCCCCGUGAUGCCAAGAUUGCCUUUUUUGGGCACUGUAAAUGUGUAAAGCUUCAGUUGGGUGUUAUUGUUUCCUUUGGUUUUUCGAACUUUUAUACGCUGUAAAUACGCAUGACAUUUGUAUACCCAUUAUGACCAAUAAAUUUUCAUAAUAAUUCACAA